GGCAAGUCUUCCAGCGUCCCUUGCGCGUUCCCGCCUUGCUCAGCGGCUUCCGGUGUUCUCUGCGACUUCCGGCGGAGCUUGUGGUGGCGGCGGGCAGGGAGUAGCCAUGGCGUAUCGAGGGCAGGGCCAGAAGGUGCAGAAGGUGAUGGUGCAGCCCAUCAACCUCAUCUUCCGCUACCUGCAGAACAGGUCCAGGAUCCAGGUGUGGCUUUAUGAGCAGGUGAACAUGCGGAUAGAAGGCUGCAUCAUUGGCUUCGAUGAAUAUAUGAACCUGGUGCUGGAUGAUGCAGAGGAGAUUCACUCCAAAACAAAAUCAAGGAAGCAGCUGGGUCGGAUCAUGUUAAAAGGAGACAAUAUCACUCUUCUACAAAGUGUUUCUAACUAGAAAUCGCUGUUCUUAGGGCAGUGAUUGCAGUUCAGAAUGGUUUGGAGUGAAUGAAGAAGGUGCAGUGGGAGAUCUACCCCUGCUGGUAGAUAGAAAGUUACAUGUAACUGGCAUUGCAUGCUGAGCUCAAAGUCCCCUCCUUUUGUAGGAGUGAUUUUUUUUGUAGUCUGAAACAAUAAGGGAUGUAUUUCCCAAAUAAACAUUUUUCACGUUGUCUGUAAA